UAACCAUUGUGCUUAUAUAUAGGGACCAUUCGGUUCAAAAAUUACAGGUUGAACGUUUAUGCUCUUGUUUUCUUAGAACAUGGCAUCUAUAGGUGCAGAGAAAGACAAGUACAGAUCCUACCCGACAGAAGAGGAGGUGAAGAACACCCACUGGAGGUUUGGUGCUCCUCCUAACUAUGAUGUCGUCAACAAGCUCUUUGAAGAAGGCAGAACUAACAUAUGGCCUCCAGGUUCACUAGAAGAGAAAGUGCAGAAUCUUGUAAAGACAUGGGAGAUGGAAAUGUUCCACAAGGCAAAUCCUGAUGAAUAUAAAACAUGUGAUCCAGAGAAGUUUACAUUUAGUACUAAUGGAAAAAAAGCUAUAACACUGGAAGAAAUUGGUAAGAUUGGGGGAAGCUACAACGCUUUCCUGCAAACAUCAUUGCCGGAAAACUUGAGGUUCUACAACCCAGCUAAGGAAACAGUGGAGUCAUCCCACAGGGCCUUCACCACCACAUUUCCCCGUGGUUUUGCUCUGGAGAUUCUCCGAGUCUAUUCCGGCCCACCAGUAAUUGUGUACAAGUUUAGGCACUGGGGUUACAUGGAGGGUCCUUUUAAAGGACAUUCCCCUACCGGAGAAAGAGUAGAAUUUUAUGGAAUUGCCAUUUUUGAGUUGGAUGAGCAUUCGAGGAUCGUAAAGGUGGAGUUUUUUUACGAUCGCGGAGAACUACUUGGAGGUCUCAUGAAGGGAAUAACAAGCUCUGAUGAUUCAAAAACUGAGAUUUCUUCAAGCUGCCCUUUCUUGAAGAAUACAGGGUAGCCUUGUGGUUGGAGUUGUAGAACAAAGAUGAAAAGUUCACUCUUGCAUGGAUGUGAUCUGUACCUUUUAGCCUGGCAGCAUAUAACAUAUAAUCUGGCCUUAAGGGAUUAAUGCUUAAUAAAUAAAUAAAUUCCCUUAGGAUGGAAUAAAUUAUUUUUUAAUGCUGCAAUGUAAUUGUUCCAUUGCAUAUUGGUAAUAAAAUGUGUUUUUCU